AUGGUACGCUUGACGACGAUUCUUGCGCUCACCGCGAAUUUCGCUGUCGUAAAGGCUGAAGAAAACGAAUCACCAACAACUUCGACAUCAUCAACUUCAACAACAACAACAACUACAACCAUCACUACAACCACAACAACAACCACAUCACAAACUACAACUCAGUCAACAACGACCACCACUCAAUCCACUACAACUCAAAAGCCAGCACCAGAACUAGCCGGCUUUGUAGUCACUGUUAUUGAAGACUCAUGCAAAGACGCAAAUUCAAGUGAGACUAUCCAUUAUCGAAUGAGAAUUUGCGACUGCACAUUAACUCCAGAAAACAGAGCUGACCGAAUUGAAGAAUUACCAGUCGCUUUCAAAAUGAUUCCAACGAAUAAUUACGCUGUUUCGUGGGCUUGGGCUUCUUUCAUGCUGCAUCUAUGCAUUUCUGCAUUUUUCGCCCUUAUGUGGAACUUUCAAGUCAGACCAGCAAUUACUCCUCCUUACAACAAAGCAGUUCUGGCGAUGUUCCUCUGUCUGCUUGCUCUUAUCAUCAUCGAUUGCUGCGGAAUGUCAAAAUACAUCGUGAGGGAGAAUCCGCAUCCAACUGCCUCCGCUUCUCUUUGCUUCAACAUGUUCUUGUUCUUUUUUGGCUCGUUUGUGGCGAUGGGAGCUUAUCAAGAGCGCGACACUUCUUUUGACAGUCAGCAGUUUAGUUAA